CCCCGUGAGCCUGAUUAAACAUGGCGCAUUUCACUUACAGCAGAUUGUCACAUUUUCUGAAAUUAUCGGUGAAUAAAGUUUCGGUUGUACGAGCUGGACCUGAAAUCCAACACGUCCCUGGGUGCUGUGUUCAAUCGAUACGAUGGCAGCGUUCUGUGGACAGUAAGACUCUGCAGGAGCGGCAGAGGCAGCAGAUGGCUCGAGGUCUCCCCAAACAGAAGCCCAUCUCUGGGGUCAAACAGAUCAUCCUUGUGGCUUCAGGGAAGGGAGGAGUGGGCAAGUCCACCACAGCAGUUAAUCUGGCACUGGGACUUUCUGCAAAUGAUUCGGGCAAUUACACCCACACAACUUCCAGAAAAAGUAAGUACUGGAUUAAAAGUUUUAGAUUUUGUUCAUCAGGACAUUGGAUUGUCAUAACACAUCUUGACAUUUUUCUGUUGUAUAUUUUCAUUAAUGAGCAACAAAACCACUUCCUCUUCAUCUUUCAGUCUAAAUCCGUUGGCUUGUUGGAUGCUGAUGUUUACGGCCCCUCAAUUCCCAAACUGAUGAAUCUGAAGGGGAGCCCAGACCUCACAGACAACAAUCUGAUGAUCCCUCUCAUGAACUAUGGCAUUCCCUGUAUGUCCAUGGGUUUCCUGGUGGAUGAAAUGGCUCCAAUCGUGUGGAGAGGUCUCAUGGUGAUGUCAGCCAUUGAGAAGCUGCUCAGACAGGUGGACUGGGGGGAGCUGGAUUUCCUGGUGGUGGACAUGCCUCCAGGAACAGGGGACGUGCAGCUGUCCAUCUCUCAGAAUGUGCCUGUGGCUGGAGCAGUGAUUGUGUCCACUCCUCAGGACAUCGCACUGUUGGAUGCUCGACGAGGAGCAGAAAUGUUUAACAAAGUCCAUGUUCCGGUGAUUGGUUUGGUGCAGAACAUGAGUGUGUUCCAGUGUCCAAACUGUCUCCAUCAAACUCACAUCUUCGGUUCAGACGGAGCCAAGAACCUCGCUCUGUCUAUGGGCGUGCAUUUCCUUGGUGAUGUCCCUCUCCAUCUGAGCAUCAGAGAGACUUCAGAUAGUGGAAAACCUGUGGUGGUGUCUGCUCCGGACAGUCCUGAGGCCGAGGCGUAUAAGAGGCUGGCAGCUGCUGUCGUGCAGAGGCUAAAACAGCUUCAUUCAUGACCCUGAUUUACUUAGCUCAUUAAUUAUUUUUAUUUUUAACUAAAUAUGAAAAAAUAAGCAUGAAGAUGAAACACAGCCGCUAUGAUGCACAAAAGACCACUUUGUCUGUUUACAGUAUGUGUAAAAAAAUAAAUUAUUAAUACAAAAA